UAAAAAAAAACCUUUUCCAUCUAAUAGUUUGUGACUCAAAAGUAUAAUUUAAGGAGUCAAAAUAUAAAGAAAAUAUAUUUGUAAUUUAAUUUCAUUUGUGUAUCAUAUCCAGGCUUCACUGUACGCAUAAACGCAGGAAAUACGUAAUUGGUUUCUAUGUAAUUAAAAAUGCUGUAAAAAUUGUAAAAUAUUUUUAUGGAUUUUCGUAAUUACAACAGAUAACAAAUAUCAGCUAAAGUCACUUAAACAGUGCGUUAGAGCAUAUAGUAAGGUGAACACAGUGUAUGUACAUAUUUAAUGAUUUACGGAUAGUUAUACAGUCUCAUGGUGUGGUUGUAAAAUAUUGUAAAUUUCAAUUGUAAAAAAUUAAUCCUAAUCUUGAUUUAGAUUUCUACAACGUUUUUCACAGAGUUCUCAAAAUAUGCAAUGUCCUAAAAAUAAAACCAUAGAGUGCUUCUAAAAAUAAAUGAAGAUAACAAAGUGACAACAACCCAUCACAGCUGAAAAUAGCAAAUACGCUAUUUAUAAGAUAGAUCGAAGAUAAUACUUUUAAUGAAUUUUUUUAUUAAAAUAUAAUUAAACUCAAAAAUUAAGUGAAAUCGUAUAAUACCGCGAUAAGUAUAACAAAAGAGAUAAAAAAAUGAAAUCAUUGCGAAAGACGUGCGUAUUUUGCAAUUUGUGGCUACUUCCUGUUGGCUUUUCAACACAAAUAUCAAUGAAAUUAUAAUGAAUAUUUCAUAAACAAUCGAGGUGUCUUAAUACAAAAAUAUUAUCACAUUGUCAAUGAGUGUGAAGUAUUUACACAUAAAGAGAAGAGCAGAAAUGUUGGUAAAACGAUUUUGGUUAAUGAGACAAAAAAGCAAGUUGGAGCGCGGUGAAUUACCCAGGAAUAUAAAUAUGUAUAUAUAGUUCUUUUAUGACCAAUUCCGCUACCGUUAACACCUAGUUAAUGAAAUACCACGAAUUGUUUAUGCAAAUGAAAGAAAAAGUAAUCGCUUCAACUUAAAUAUAUUAGGUAAAAACCACCUUUAAUAAAUAUUUCUGUAAAUAAAAAAUAAAAAAAAAUAUGCUAGAAUUAUUUGACUGGUGCAGUUUAGAGAGUCAGUGUAUGAAUCGACGCUAUAGUUGUGCGUCAAACGAGUAAAUAAUAUUGGAUUCACAUUUUUAUUGUUGACAUUUUUCACACAUCUUUCAAUUAUACAAACAGAAAAUAAUUUGUGCAAUCAAUCAAAAAUCAAUAAAUUAUUUGUAUGAAAAUGUUUUCAAUUACCUAAUUUACUAAUUAACACUCACAUACUUGUAUGUAUACAUGUCUGUUAUAACUGGAUUUGAUUUGCAUGGGUACCACUCAUGUUGACAGUAACUCAAUCAGCCAUUUAAAUAAUAGCGCUCAAUUGCGGUAUUAUUUAGUUAAGAUUAUUUUUUAUAGAAAACUGUUUCUAAAAAAUAUUGUAAAUGAGAGUCAUAGAUGAUAAAAAAUAUUGUACAUAUAUAACAGAGUCUGUUCAUUAACAUAAGCCUUGGGCUACUUGAAUCCUUAACCGAUAAUGUCAAUACAGUGACUGUUACUUGCAUGAUACUGUUAUCGGAGUAGAAAAGCUUAAGUUAGUGUUGGUUGUGUAAGGCCUGAGUCAAUGUUUUAAAAAGCUUAAUGCACACAAUAUUUAAUCUUUUAUAAUUUUAUUAUUUUGAGUUAUUAAAUAUACAUAUAUUAUUAUUUAAAGAAUUUUUGCGAUUUGCCAAUAACACUGUGAUAGUUUUUUUCAAAAAAAAAAAAAAGACAAGACCAAAUUCGACGGUUUCCCCUAUUUCGGGUCCUACGAAUCGAACUGCAUCAUUACUUUUUUGAGUUACAAUCAUGGUUUCAUACAAAAAUUUUUGUUGAAGUUUUUCAUCAAAGUGGCCCAUUGUAAGAGAAAGGCACAUUUUUCCUCGGUCUCUAACUUUUUUAAUGUUGACUUUUUUGGUAAACCUUCUUUGGCAAAGCUUCUCAGAAUAAGUCCGUCUUUAAGUUCUUAGAUGACUGUAAACCCCAAAAUCAAUGUUUUUUGUGUCCUUAUAGCCAAUAUGUCGAAAAAACUGAUAUUUAAUCAAUUUUUUUAACUCAAAAAAGUAAUGGUGCAGUUCGAUUCGUAGGACCCGAAAUAGGGAGAAACCGUCGAAUUUGGUCUUGCCUUUUUUUGACUAUCACAGUGUAAUUAUAUUUUUUUUGUGUUGAUGCAAUAUUCAAUAUUCAGUAAACGUAAUAAAAUGUAUAAAGGAAAAUAUAUGUAUUUACUUAUCAGAAUUAACUGACGCAAAUUAGAACAAAUAGCAUACUGACAAAAUCUGAGCACAGAAAAAAAAUAACACAAAACAAGAAUUGAUAAAGCUUGUUUCAAAUGAAAAUAGUACACGUCUGUAGACUACAUACAAAAAAAUAUUUUUCAAAAUUGUUGCUUGUACUAUUACUAAUGCUGGAGCACAUAUAAGAGGCCAGACUUUGCACUGCUUCGGAGAGACAUUAAUAUUUCUCGAUCUUUGUUCCAGCCAUAUCACCUGCAGUAAUAAAUUAUAUGAAUCAAUGAUUGGGAUAGAACGAAUAGACUAGACUUAUUUCGUACAUUUAAAUUUUGAAAUCAGCUUAGUUGACCUAAAUUAACGACAAUAUUGUUCAAAUGAUCGGCUAGGUAAUCUUCGCAAAAUAUGAGUCUAUUAUUAAUAGAUAAGGAGAAUGAGUAUAUUUUUUAUAGACACGGAUUAGUAGUGCGCUGAAUAUUGCGUUGAUUUUGCACAUAAUUAAAAAAGAAUUACAGAAUUAAAGGGAGAUAAAGACGUUCUAACUAAUUUACAUUUUUUGAUUUAUUAAGAAUUGUUUUGCUUUGACAUUUUUCUUCAAACGCUUUAAUAAAACCUGUUUUAUACUUUGUUUAGGUUUUUUUUUAUAAUUUUUAUUGAAGUUCUAGAGCACGUAAGAUUUAUACUUUUAUUCUUAGAUCUAAUAAUAUAUUCUUAGAUAUAAUAUUGAUUUCAUAGAAAAUAUAAGAACUUUUUUCAAUUAUAAAGAAGGUACUUAAAAGUAUACAAUUCCGUAAUCUAUCUAUUUAUAUAAGCUUAUGUGUUUUACACAACCAUCCAAAAUAUCUAUAUGGUCUAUAUGUAAGCAUGUACCCACACUUCGAUUAAAUGAUAAAGCAUGAGACACAGUCGUGUGAUUACUUCGUGAUAUUCACAUACUCUUUCAUACAAAUAAGCGUAUUUUAUGUGAUUUCUAUUCACGAGUACCUACUUACUACAUUUCAAAGAUAAUGUCAGAUGUGAAGGGCGCCUGCGGCUUUAAUUUCAAGUAAAACGCUCAUUUUAUUACGCUAAUAAACUCAUAAAAUUGACAGAGAUUUGUGUAUCAAUGGAAAUUUACAAUUGCGCGAGUACAAAGUAAAAUAAGUGAUGAUAAUAAAGAAAUAAAAAAUGAUAAUUAUUAAAAAAAAUGUUAUUAAAAUUUUAAUUAUAAUCAGCAUAUGGUGAUAAUUUAGUUAAAUUAACAUGAAAACAAAAAUUUUGGCAUUUGUACAUACAUAUAUACAUGUCUGUCUAUAGAACACAUGCAAAUCUAUAUUCAACUUAUUACAGUUAUCUUACUAUUAUUAACAUUUUAUUUUCACUUUUGUGAGUAAUACGAGUAUUAUUUGCACUAAUGCCUUAUAAAAAUAGUAACAAUAGUCAAUUCUACUAAAUAAUACUUUAAGCUAUAGACAUACUUACAUAUGUACCUGUGUCCUAAAAGAAAAGCCUAUUUAAAUCGUAGUGUAAAUAAUGCCUAGUGAAUUAUUCAUCGCCUAUCUGUGAAAAUAAAAAUUCGUCACAAUAGCAUUAAACAGAAUAGCCAUAGCUUAUUGCUAAAUGGCGAUACUAAAGUUGUGACGCAUACAACGCUGACAGUUUUGGGCCUGUUUUCGCAAGCGUCAAGUUUUGGUGUUUGCUUUAAUGUUCAAAAGAGAGUAACAUAACCGAAAUCUAUAUAAAUAGGUAGAGGCUAAGACAGUUUAGCUAUCGUCUUUUUUUGAUGCAGUUUGACAGCUAAAUAUUUUAGGUUGUGACGUCAUGAACUAGAGAAGUGAAAUGCCAAUAAUUUCUAUGAAAAUUUGACAGCUCAACUAUGUUGCCUCUCUCAUGCGCUCGCUUAUAAUAUUGCGUUGAAAAAAAAUCGUAUUUAAAUAAAAUCAAAAAUAUUUAUUUCAAAAAUUAAAAAUAAUAUAUUUUUUUAAUUGAUUUCUCCAUUGAAUAUAUUAAAUUUUGAUGCAUGCCUAUGUAUAUUGAAACACAUCUAAUCUUCUGCGACCACGUACAUUAACCCACGAGCCAGAUUGUUAUAUUUGAUGACGCUAAUGCGGUAGACGACUCAUACAUACAUAUAUGUACUUUCUUAUUGCUAAAAUUUUAAUUACCUCACGCGGUCAACAUAUGUUCGAAUUGUACUUAGUGGUGACGUACCAAAAACUUAAUCAAUAUGAGUUGGUUUAUCUAUAACUGGCAUAAUAAAUAUAAAUAACGCCGGUAUAUUCCCACUGUAGUAAGAAGCUCUUAUCAAUUUAUGUUUGACAGACUUCUUAUUAAGUCGCACAGUGGAAAUGUUUAUAAAUAUGCUAUAUUAAUAAAUGUGUGAUGAAUACCUGUCGGAUUGUUUUAGUAUAGUUUUGGUGGUAUUUAUUGUUGAUUUCGCAACAGUUUUAGUUUGAUAUUUGUUUGACGGAAAUUAAAAUUUGUGAAAUAGAAAUACCCACCAAUCCCGAUAGACUACUUAUCAUUAUGGCGCAUAGUUGGUGAUUAGUUGUUGAGGGUACUUUGAUUAGGCAAGUAUCAAAAUAAUGGUAGGGCUUAUGAAAUUGAUAGACAACAACUUGUUUGUGUUGUGUUGAAAAAAAGCAGUUGGAAACAAAAUUUUUUAGUACAUCAAUUUCUAGGGAAGCACGGGAAUUCCGAUUUUUAAUCACUAACUGAGUUCUUGUAAACAACUCUUAUCAACAAAAUGUUAACAGCUCGCAUUUUGAUUAUGUAAUUUGUAGUAAGUUUAAGGGAUUCGCUUUAAAUGUCUCAUGAGCCUUGGUAGGAAAAAUAAAACUUUAUUUGAACUUAAUGAUCAUUUAAUUUCCUUUAGCCAUUCUUCAACAUUUUCUAACAGUUCAAAAAGCGCCUACUACUGCUCUACUGCUUGCCAAAGGUUUGUUCGAUUCACCACUCUUAAGAAAUUUUAAAGAUUCUUUUAAAGGAAACGUUUCACUUUGAUUUAUUUACUGUCUAUCUUAUACACAUUCCUCCAUUUUUGAGCUUUUUUAUUGCAUUUGAUAAUGCAACUUUCCAGACAGUUUAUUAACCUCCAAUUGGCUUAUCAUAUGGCAUUCGCUUUCUUUGUAUCUCCUGUUUUUGAAUUUUGAUUGAUGUUUCUUUUUGUGUACUAAUAAUUUUAUAAUCUCUCUUGCCUGUUUUUUAAAAGCAAGGGAAACAUAGGCCGGCCAAUUUGGCAAGCACCAUCUGCUUUGUAGACUAUUGGUCUGUGGUUGAUUAAUGUAAUUUUCUUUAGAAAAUGUUAUUUUUCCGGCUUUUAAUAGUGGUAUUUUGGUUUCUGUUUUUUGGAAAACCAACGCGAAAAAGAUUAUUGCAAUCAGCGGAAAUGAUUUUCAUGAAAUCAUAUGAGAGUUAAGUGAUGAAAUCAAUGACGUCUAGCAAACGUUGUAUAUAACAAAGCUGAUGUAUUAAAUUGUUAACAUUUUUUGCAAUUUUUGUAUACCAAAAAUAUAUAAAAAGUGUGAAGCCCUCGAAAAAAAAUUGUUUUUAGGAAAACUAAUGUAGUUUUCUAAGAAUUUCAGACUAAACUUUUAAUUUAGACAACAUUGAACAUUUUACUAAUUGACUCAAUUAACAGAUUGUCGAUUUAUGCUAAUUGAAUGUCAAUUAAAAACAAGUAAAUCCUAAAGAGUGGUAUGUAAAUGCACAUGUAUCUUCCAAGUACCCCACUUAGUAUAUAAAAAACCCCUCACUGUGUAUAUGUUUAUUAUUGUUAUUCUUAUUUUUAGCUUGCGCCAAUAAAUUUUCAGCGUGCUACAGCAUUAACAUUUUAUUUUCGUAUUAUCAAUGCCAUAAAAAUCUCAGGUAGUUAAUAAUAGCUUGAGCACAUACAUGUGUAUACAAAUAAAUAUAUACAUUGAUACAUAUGUACAUGCUUAUGAUUUUACAUAGUCAUUUACUAGCUCACGCGCCUCUACGCGCUAGACAAAUGUUGAUCCAAGUGUUCCUCCAACUAAGCUACAACAUAAUUUAUGCCUUAGACACGAGGUUGCAAUAUAUAAGCAGUUAUACUGUAGCUUAAAAGCAGUGACAGUCAGUGGAGUUAUUAAUUUUGUUGAGAUUAUAUUAGAUUACCUUCAUCAUGUGGAAAUUUGCUUUAGUUUUUGCUGCCUAAAUGUAUUACGUAGAUGCAUUUUUGGUAUAAGAAAUGCUUCUGACAUAAGAUGCGAUGCGUUGGCUUUGAGAGUAAUCUGUAAGCAUGAUCAAUUAUUGUAAUGUUAAAAAAAAAGGUUUUUAGGUGAGCACUAUCUACGAACUAUGUAGGAAUAUAAAUUUGGGCGCCUUCCUGAUCUUAGUGAUCUGCUGAGAUCAGCAAUAGAUCUAGUACACCAUUCGAUGAAGUUCAGUUUAUGUUUCAUAGUAUCCGAACAGAUCUUAAGCUUCUUCCAAUUUGAGAAGCACUUUUUUAGCACUUAAAAUUAUUUCUUCAAGUUCAAUUUGUUGAUAUCAAAUGUGGUCUACUGAUCAGCUGAUGUGCUCAAUAUGUUUGUAUUUUUUUGAAUUUCUCUUUUCCCUUUUUGAAUUACUAUUUUAUUUGUUUACUCGCACAAUAAUUCGUCAAUUGCCUCGAUCAGUUUUAAUAAAUUUGCGAUCUAUUUUUAUGUUGAGCUAAAAAGUGUCUGAUGAUGAACGUGUCCCAAGCUGCGAUCAUGUCGAAUCAUUGUCCAUUGCACCAUAUGUACAUAUUUGUCUUGUAUGACAGGCUCAUGUACAUAUGUGUACAUACAAAUUGGCUGUUUUUCGCACCUUCGCACUGUGCAAACAUAAACCUUUUGACUGACGCAAACUUUGUGCUUCAACAAUAAUUGGAGGAAAUAAAUAAAAAAAAAAUAUUGACUUGUGGCACAAGUGUUUCAGUUUUGCAUUUUAAAUUAAUGUACGCGGAUCGAAUUGUAUACACCCAAAUCAAUAUUUACAUAAUGUAUGAAUAUGAAAUUUAAAAGUAGUACAUGGUAAUAAGAAUUACGUGUUCCAAAAAAAUUGAUCGCGGAGUUCAAGAACGUGUCUUUUGUUUUACAUCUCUUUUUUGUUGGUCCAUGAGAGCGUGGAGUAAUUGAGAAGAGUAUAUCGAAGGGGUUUGAGGUUAGCAUAUACUUAUUUUCAAGAUCUCUAUUUGUCUUACUACUAUAAUGUCUACAUACCUCUACUUCAAGGUUUUUGUCAUGAAGAAUUUAAGUCAGUAAAAAAUUAUCUAUAUGAUCAGCUCAAUUAGAUCCUUGUUACAAUACUAAUGGAAAAGUAAAAGUCUCAGCUUAUAUGUUAUUGAGUUUUUUUUUCAAAUAUAUUACAUACACAUCCUUAAUUAUAUGUCGGCCAUAUCAUUGAGAAGAGUAUUUCGAAGAGAAGCAAUAUUUUAUAUACCCUAUAUAAGUAUACUCGUUUAAUCUCUUUUUUAGUGUUAAUUUCUUAUUAAAAUAUAUUAAAGCAUUGCAUAUUUCUAUACGAUCUGUGGACAUUAAUAGAUUCACCUUAAAUGACACUAACAGCUCGCCUGACAGAUGUUGGUAUCUGUUGCAUUUCUGCUAAGAUGAUGACAUCUAUAAGAAUUACACUGUACAACACAAUUUAUCUUAGAAGGCUACAAAGGUUGUGAGAGAUCUUUAAGGCAUUAUUUAUUCUCGAUUUAAAAUCUUGUGAACGCAACUUUCUGCAAUUUGACAAAUGAGUUAGGAAUUCCCACUCUCUACUAUCGAGUUCUCGAUAAAUUUUGAAAGCCUUUGCAUCAUAGCAUCAUAUUCUCUUCCAACACAUCUAUCAUCAUCGAGGUUUGAAUAUUUUUUGUUGUAUUUCAUUUGUUACAUGUGAUAAGUUUUUGCAACACGACAUGUGACCCAAUAUUGCAAAUUUUUUGGCAACAAUUUACACUAUCUUGCUUUUUUUUCUUUUGUUAGCUGUGCAAAGCGUAAAAUUUGCAAUUAAUUGUGAAUUUGUGAAAUUCUGACAAAUACAACAUUUUUGAGUGUGUUUUCGUGUGAAAAAUAUAAAUAAAUGAGCCAUGCCUUUUUCUAGGAUAAACAAACCAGAAUUAGUUUAUACUAAAAAUGGUCAAAUAAAAGCCUUAAUUAUUGUUUCGUCUAUUUAAAUCAGUAUAAAAAUAUAUUAUUAUUUAAAUGUUUGCCACUGUGGACCCCCAUGUGCAUGCACUUUCGAUUAAAUUAUCUUUUAAAUUAAAUAAACUCGAGGCACUGCUGAUGGAUAUGCGGCAGAUGUAUCCCAUUCAUAUAGUAUAUAAAAAUAUAUGCAGAAAAAAAGAGAGCGGCAAUUGAACUUAUGUAUGUAUUUUACAUGCACAUUGGCGGAAGAAUUUUGAGUUCAAAAUACGCUGCUCAUGGCAAUUAUAAGAUUACAGCAGGUAUUACAUUAAGUAUUUGCAAUAUAUUGUAUUACUGGUAGGGUAAUCUUUAAUUCAAUAAAGGAAAUUCGGAGUGUUCUCAAUGCAAUAUUAGGCUGAUGGUGUAUGGGAUAUAGAAACAUAGCAUUCGUUCAUGCGAGAUUGAUUCAAAAAAAAUAUUUGAUAGUUGAAGCACAGUUUGCUAACUUUUUCCAAAAUCAUCUCUGUUUUAUCGGCUAAUUUAGUGUGUAUCUCAUCUAAGAAACACUAAAAUUCUUAUAAUAUUUUGUGAAUAUAAAUAUAAAAACUAUUUUUAAGUACAAUAUUAUAUCUAUUAAAUAAAAUAAUAAAUAUAUAUAUAUAUAUGAAUAGGCAUAGUCAAAAAUAUUCACAAAAAAUUAGAACCCACUUACCUCCUAAGUCAUCAAGAGUGAAUAAUUAAAAUGUCACUUUACCACGCGUAACGGUUGAGAUGAACAUUUUUGUGUAUGAUUACUAAAUAUAUAAAAAUAAAAAAAAUAUAUAUAACAGAAAAGUUAAAAAUGGCCACAAUUAUUUGUUCGAGAUAAGAAAAAAAAUUGUCAACCCUGAUGAGUGAAACGACUGACGCCUUUGAUAAGUAGCUGUCAUCAAGAAAUUUGCGUACGCCGACAGAUAGUACAUAGAGAGCACUGUACGAUACAGUACAUGCUCAUUAACAUUACUCACAAAGAUUUCUACUGCAAUAGCUGAAAAGAAAAUAAUGAAGUUUUGUCUAAAACAUCUGCUUGGGUUCAGGAUCUUUCAUAAUAAAAAAUUGUUGGUUAUUUCAAGAACAAGACCCUUAAAUUUUUUGAAAAAUUCAACGGUUUUUCUUCCUCUUCUUUAGCACUAUAACAGUUGGUCGAUCUGGGCCGAGUAGACUUCAACAAUUUCUCCAAUUGCCCCUUUCUCAAAAUGUACAUAUAUGGACUAACCGUCCAAUUGUUCUCCGCAAGAUUUUUAGAGACGUCCGAGAAAGCGUGGUCUACCGAAAAAGAUGGAACCUUGAACGGUAUGUUCAACAAGAUCUUUAGAGCAGUCCGCUGGAGCAAGGAUCUACUCGAUUACUGCUAAUAUCCCAAGUGGAGACAGAUCCCAUAAAGUUCAAGGUACUUCUUGCUCGCGGGGAGGGCUAUAAAGAACUUGCGGAGAACAAUUGGACGGUUAGUCCAUAUAUAUACAUUUUAAGACAUUGCUAAAUAACGGUUUAAAGAAGAAAGUAAAUCAUUGAAUUUAAUGAUACAAGAUAUGGAACUGGCUAUUAUUGUGAUGGUUUCACUCAAAGUAAUUAUAUCGAGUGAACACUGUACUUUCCGUUGUCUUUUUACUAUUGCUGCGUUCGCUAGGCCGUCAAUCUGACCGCCAAUUUGAGCUUUGCGCAUAUCAGUUGGUAUUUAACUGACAAUAAUGCUUCCGUUCGGCAACACGUUGCGCCGAUGUGAUACUGCCAAUAACAACAUGUACAAGUCAACAACAACAAUAUGUCGCAAUAGCGCCGGUGAAUAACACCAAACACAGCUGCCACGCUUGUGUGACGCUUGACGGAUGGCUGGGUGAGUCGUUUGCUGAUCGUUCGCUUGGAUAGGCAAGCCGAGCAUUAGGCUAACAAGCAUUGGAAGGGUGUUCUGUGAGCGGGAAAUACUUGUAAACGCUUUGCCAUUACAAAUGAGCCACAGCAACACUACAUACCCUUUCAGUGCGGCAAAAUUCUAUGCCGGUGUUAGUCCUGCCAUUUUAUUGCUAUUAAAAACGUGUGCGUUUGUGUGUUGGUGAGCAGCAACAACAAUAAAGCGUAUGAUUUAUAUACGAGUACAGCGUAGCUAAUGUAAAUAAUGAAUGAGCAGCAUAUUAUUUAAAUAAUAAAGUCAAAGCAAAUAAAAAAAUGAGAAAAUAUUUUUCUUUAAAAAAAAAAGAAAAGAAACAAACAACAACAAGGCAAGCAGCAGCGCGUAAUGUGGACUGUGAGUUGCACAUUUACUCGCUCUCUCGACACCUCAGCCGCAACAAUAUCCGAGUCGUGGUGGUAGACGCAACAGCUCACGAGCACCAACAAUAACAACAGCAACAGAAACAUCAGUCAACAUCAGCAAAGACAUUAAGCGUUCAGUAUAAAUCGUCGAGUAGCUAUUCGGCGGGCCCGCAGUAGCGCUGAGUAGCCAGAGAUACAAAGUACUUAUGCAUAACGGUUUGGCGUGGAGUUUUGGUUAGGACUUUUCGAUUUUCCGAAGUUUGGGGGUUGGCUCUGACCAACGUUCCGGUACGGUACGUGGUUGCUUACGGUGCACUUGCGGCGGUAGAUUUGGAAUUCUCAGUUGAACGUGCGUUUAAGACGCUAGUGGGUAUGUUAAAACGGAAGAUCCAAAAAAUUUUGUGACAACCCAAAGCUCAAAAGUACAAAGCGUGUUCUAAAAUUGAAGAAAAAAUAAAAUAACUGUUUGUGUUCUGAUAAAAUACUUUUUCAAAACAAUAUGCAAAAUGUGAUUGGAAAAGGCCACAAAAAUCUGAAAAGCAUAAAAUCUGCGAAUUGGUGAAAAUUCAAAAGCAAGUGAAAUUAUGUUUUGUUAGCGGAAAAUCAGCUAAAGCAAAACAAAUUUUGUAGUACGCGCUCUCGCAAAUUGGCAAAAGCCAACAUACAUGCAAUACUGUUAUGUGCAAAUGCCAGCCAUCGCAACAACAACAACAACAACACAAAAAAAAUUAGCAUUCGUUUUGUAGCAUUGUGGUUUAUAAACAAUUUCAAUUUGUUUGUUUUGAUGUUUUUCCUAUUUAAUUUUUUUCUGCUUUUUGUUGUUUUGUUGUGUUCACCUCACUCAUGUGCAGUCGGCUAGUGACAGCGUGUAUCGCUUGGACACUGUGGGAAAUUACGCAGAAAGUAGCCAAGCGAAUGUCGCGGAAUAAGUAUCUGCGGUGCAUUUGCAUAUAGAAAAUUCCUCUCAGCAUCCACAUGCGUGCUAGUGUGUGGGUGGUUAUGUCGCUGUGUGCGUAGCUGUAAUAAUGCGAUUUAAGUCAGCAAUAUUUGCCGGACAUUGAUAACCGACUGCAAGUGAGGUGUAGAAUGCUGGAAAUUAAAAGUUUUCGCAUACGAAUAUUUGUGGAAAUUGUUUUACGGAAUUCGCUAACAAAAAAAAAAAAAAUAAAAUAAAAAAUAUAUAUCCAAAAAAUUUAAAGCGAAAAUCAAACAAAAAAAAAAUCAACCAAUGCGAAAAUACAAUAACAAACCGACAAUCACAAAUAGUUAAUGCAAUGUUGAUAAAAUGUUUGGCCUGAAAAUGUGCACAACAACAACCGAAGGCUAUAAACAUAACAACAAGAAAAUUUACAUACAACACAGUGUGUCAAAGCGUGUUGCAGUCGAGAAGUUGCAUAAGACGAAAAACAACAACUGCAAAGGCAAACAAACAAGUGAAAUCAAUUGUGAAAAUAGCUGUAAAUUCAAUAAAAUCAACCGCAACAACAAUUUUCAAUGCAAGUUUGUUGUAAAUACAAAUAUUGACAGCAUCAUAAAUACGAGCUGGAGCAUAAGGUGCGGUGGCAAAGUGAAUUGCAAGUGCAACGGCCAUUACAACAACAACAACACAUACAUCGUGUAACACAUAACAACAUUUGCGGCAACAAUUUGGCCUUCACCGGCGACAAAUGUUAUGCCUGCAACGGUGGAAGGCAGACGUGUGUUUCAGUGCAUAAGCAACAAUAACAACGUGCAACUAUAUAACAUAAUUUAUGCAAUACCAUAAAUUGAAUUGAAAAAGAAAGAAAACUGUGUAAAAUAGUUUUGGUCAAAAUAUUGAAUAAUUACAAAAGCACACAAUUACAACAACUUCACAGUGCAAUAUAGCAAAUAUGCAAAUUCGAAAAAUCAUAAUUCGAGCCAACAUAUGUGAUAUAGCCAGUACAUAUACAAGUGUAUGUGAUUCAAUAAACCAAGCAACGAGUAUAUAGUCUACUAUAUAUCUAAAUAUAUAAGUAUAUAAUAUACAUAACAACGUAUUUGUGCCCCACGUCAAUAGCUGAGUUCACCCACAAACAAGCAAGCAGCGCAUUUGGCAGCAACAGCAAAGAGAUCAGCAUUAUUAGCCACAAGGGGUAUAGAAAGGACGAAGGAGUGUAAAAGCCAACAUCGUCCAAUAGUCAGUAUUCCAAAGCGUCCGUAAUAGCGUGCGCGUGUGUAGUUGUGCAUGCGUUUUUAGUGCAUUUCUUUGAUCAGACCCCAAGUCUUACAUACAAAUAUAUACAAAAAGUUCAAUACAUAUAAGUUAGAUAUUUUAUUAUAUGUGCUUCUUCGGUACACAAUUUGCAUACAAAAUGCCGGAGAUUAAACGCAAUCUGAGUCGUCUCUCAAUGCUGAUGUUUCGGCCGACGCAUUCCAGUGAGCCGGGCUGGCGUGCGGAGUUACUAAGGUAUCGACAGACACGUUUCAGUUCACGGCGUGUGCGGAAACGUGUUAUUUUCAAGCAUGGUGAGUGUAAUGUGGUUCAAGGCAAUGUGGCGAAACGUCGACGCAGAUAUUUACAGGACAUUUUCACCACGCUGGUUGAUGCGCAAUGGCGUUGGACAAUGCUCGUAUUUGCGCUCAGUUUUCUCAUCUCGUGGUCGCUAUUCGCAUUCGUUUGGUGGGUGAUCGCUUAUGCACAUGGUGAUUUCGAAUAUAUUUACAAUCGUGAUUUCUACCCCGAACGCAAUGAAAAUGUAACGCAUCGUAUGUGUGUAACGGAGGUGCGUAGCUUUGUCUCGGCCUUUCUCUAUUCGGUUGAGACACAAACGACCAUCGGCUAUGGCAAUCGCUAUGUAACAGAGGAGUGUCCAGAGGCUCUUUUCAUCAUAUGUCUACAAUGUAUUUUAGGCGUUUUCAUACAAGCAUUUAUGGUCGGCAUUGUGUUUGCGAAAUUGUCGCGUCCCAAGAAACGCGCACAAACUUUGCUCUUCUCGCGAAAUGCUGUGAUUUGUCAUCGGGAUGGGGUGCCAUGUCUGAUGUUCCGGGUGGGUGAUAUGCGAAAGAGUCAUAUUAUUGAGGCGCACGUUCGGGCGCAGAUCAUAAGGAAGAAGGUUACAAAGGAAGGCGAAAUAUUACCGUUCUAUCAGCAAGAGCUGACAGUCGGCGCAGAUGGAGGCGAAGAUCGCCUAAUGUUCAUUUGGCCCACAACAAUUGUGCACAAAAUCGAUCGUAAUAGUCCGUUGUAUAUGCUUUCGGCAUCGGACAUGUUGAAGGAACGUUUUGAGGUUGUCUGUAUGUUGGAGGGCGUCAUAGAGUCCACCGGCAUGACAACACAAGCCCGUAGCAGCUUUCUACCAUCGGAGAUUCUAUGGGGUCAUCGUUUUGUGAAUGUGGUGUCGUUUCGCAAGGAAACCGGUGAAUACGAAGUGGACUACACAUUGUUCAAUAACACCUAUGAUGUGGAUACACCACUUUGUAGCGCCAAACAAUUGGAUGAUGUGAAGGCCGAAUAUGCGAAGAAUUCCAAGUUGGGCUUAGAACGCGCUUUUUCCGCCGGUCUCAUGCAUAUACCGUCCACCAUAUCCGUGGAUCGUUUAGACCCGAAUAGCGAUGAGUCGUUGGACUCACGUCUGCACACACGCAAUAAUUCCAUCCCCAAUGGGGUGCUAGCCGAGGAAAUGCAACCGCUAAAUUAUGGUGGCGGCAGCACAAACGGCAGCUAUCAUUAUGUGCCACCCUCGUUCACCGUUGGUGGCUCUGCCAUACAAAUACCCUCGUUGGCACUCUCCACAAAUCUACAUAGUAUUAAUGAGAAAACCAAUUCCGGCAGCAGCAGCAGCAGCAGCACUAAUAAUCUCACCAUUAAUCCCACCUUCACACCAAAUACACUCUCACCAGCAAUGGCGGAGACAACAUUUAAAAAUAACAACAGUAGUAAUCAGGAUACAAGUAAUGACAGUAGGAAUGGUGGUGGUGGCAGCAGCAAGAAGACACCAUCAAGUAGUCGACGAUUAUCCAUCAAACAAGAUCAAUUAUCGGUCGAUUCGAUAUGUUAAUUAUGAAGCGGGGGAAUGGUGAAUAUGUCGAGCUGUACGCAGAAUGAGCGACAGGGAACGAUUGAAGUGAGAGUUAUGGACAUGCCAGACGCAUAUAAGUAAUGAAUGAAAUGAAUUGUUGGUGACACGAUGGUUUUAUGAAUGAUGUUAAUAAAUGUGCGACGAUUUUAUAUUAAAGAACCGACUGACUGUAUGCAUUGGUCUGCCGGGCAAGCUGCUUUCAUUGCCAUAAAAUUAAAUUACAACAUUAUUGAUUAAUAUUUAAUUAAAAUAGUUGUCUGCACUAUGCACAGCUUACGCUUUAAAUGUAGUGGAAAGUCAAAGCGCAAUUAGCGUUAAAAUUAGACAAAAAGUAAGUUGAUGUUAAAAGAAAAAAUGUAAUGUUGAAAGGAGAUUACAAUAAUGUGAGUGUUAUUUGUGUAAAUGUUUCAGCGUUGCUCUUGAGGGCUUUAAAUAUAAAUAAGUGAUUUCUAUGUCAAUGAUUGGAAACGCUGGAAGCUUAAAGUAGUCCACAGCUCAUCCGUUUGCCAAUCAGUCGAUAGCAUAUGCGAAAAGUCGAGCCGUUCAUCCCCGUUUUCAGUGUUAUUUUAAUAUGUGUUGUUGUUGGACGCGAGAAUUUACUAUUUAUUAUAAUUAUAAUUAUAAAUUUAUUUCGAUUUAUUAUCGGGAUGUGCUAGAGCAUAAGUUUUAUUAGUGAACUAAGCUAAUGUUUAUGAAAGUUUCAUUUUUAAACUUUUAAAGACAUAAUUUAUAAAUGAAAAACAAACUUUUAAAAAACGUAUUUACAUAUGCCAACGCAUACAUAUACAUAAGUAGAACGCAAGAAAAAAAAAACAAAAAUAAAAAUUAUGAUAUGGAAAAUAAAAAUAAUAUUUAAUUCCAAGCUUCUAGUGAGUGCAACUAAGGCAUGUUGUUGGUAGAUUUUUUAUAUUUUAUUUAGACUUUCUCAGUUUAGAAAUUUUCCAAAUUAUUUUUACAUUUUUCCAAAUUAGUUAUUAGCCACUAGCGCAAUUUUAAUUUAUUUUUAUAUUUAAGCUUAAGAAAUAAGUGCGGAAUAUAUAAAAAGAAAUUGAAAUAUAAACAGCAAGGCUAGAAAUGAGCUUUUAACAAGGAAAUGGAUGUUAUAUUUAUUUAAAAAGGACACACAAAUCAAAAGAACUGUAACUGUAUUUGCAGUGUUGCGUGCAUAAAAGUACGAAGUAAAGUAUAAAAUUUUAAACAAAAUUAAACAAAACAAUUUAGGCGAUGAGGCCGAACUGUUUAAUUUCACCAACAGAAACACGAGUUCAUUGUAGACCCUUUGCAACUUUUCAAACACACACACAAAUUCUUAAACACGUGUUUAUGUCACGUGAAAAUACUAUAAUAAAACCAAGAAUCAAAUAAAAUAUGUAUGUCAUCAAAUUUAUGUAUACCUACGCUUGAAAAAAUGAACGCUCAAUAAAUGUAAACAAUAGAAUUACAAAACGAAUUUAACGAUUUAUGAAAAAAAUAUCAAUUUAACAAUAAAAAUAAAAGAAAGAGUAUUUAUUGAAAACGUGAAGUAAAGUUGAAGAAAUAAAGGAAAUCGGUUCCUUUUGUGAGUUCACCAACAGAAACACGAGUUCAUUGUAUACUCUUACCAAUACAAAUUCUUAAACACGUGUUUAUGUCUAUAAUAAAACCAAGAAUCAAAUAAAAUAUGUAUGUCAUCAAAUUUAUAUAUACCUACGCUUGAAAAAAUGAACGCUCAAUAAAUGUAAACAAUAGAAUUACAAAACGAAUUUAAAAAUUUAAAAAAAAAUAUCAAUUAACAAAAAAAUAAAUGAAACAGCAAUUAUUGAAAACGUGAAGUAAAGUUGAAGAAAUAAAGGAAAUCGGUUCCUUUUGUGAGUUCACCAACAGAAACACGAGUUCAUUGUAUACUCUUACCAAUCUUUCAUACACACAAAUUCUUAAACACGUGUUUAUGUCACGUGAAAAUACUAUAAUAAAACCAAGAAUCAAAUAAAAUAUGUAUGUCAUCAAAUUUAUGUAUACCUACGCUUGAAAAAAUGAACGCUCAAUAAAUGUAAACAAUAGAAUUACAAAACGAAUUUAAAAAUUUAAAAAAAAAUAUCAAUUAACAAAAAAAUAAAUGAAACAGCAAUUAUUGAAAACGUGAAGUAAAGUUGAAGAAAUAAAGGAAAUCGGUUCCUUUUGUGAGUUCACCAACAGAAACACGAGUUCAUUUUAUACUCUUACCAAUCUUUCAUACACACAAAUUCUUAAACACGUGUUUAUGUCACGUGAAAAUACUAUAAUAAAACCAAGAAUCAAAUAAAAUAUGUAUGUCAUCAAAUUUAUGUAUACCUACGCUUGAAAAAAGGAACGCUCAAUAAAUGUAAACAAUAGAAUUACAAAACGAAUUUAAAAAUUUAAAAAAAAAUAUCAAUUAACAAAAAAAUAAAUGAAACAGCAAUUAUUGAAAACGUGAAGUAAAGUUGAAGAAAUAAAGGAAAUCGGUUCCUUUUGUGAGUUCACCAACAUAAACACGAGUUCAUUUUAUACUCUUACCAAUCUUUCAUACACACAAAUUCUUAAACACGUGUUUAUGUCACGUGAAAAUACUAUAAUAAAACCAAGAAUCAAAUAAAAUAUGUAUGUCAUCAAAUUUAUGUAUACCUACGCUUGAAAAAAUGAACGCUCAAUAAAUGUAAACAAUAGAAUUACAAAACGAAUUUAAAAAUUAAAAAAAAAAUAUCAAUUAACAAAAAAAUAAAUGAAACAGCAAUUAUUGAAAACGUGAAGUAAAGUUGAAGAAAUAAAGGAAAUCGGUUCCUUUUGUGAGUUCACCAACAGAAACACGAGUUCAUUGUAUACUCUUACCAAUCUUUCAUACACACAAAUUCUUAAACACGUGUUUAUGUCACGUGAAAAUAUUAUAAUAAAACCAAGAAUCAAAUAAAAUAUGUAUGUCAUCAAAUUUAUAUAUACCUACGCUUGAAAAAAUGAACGCUCAAUAAAUGUAAACAACAGAAUUACAAAACGAAUUUAACGAUUUAUGAAAAAAAUAUCAAUUUAACAAUAAAAAUAAAAGAAAGAGUAUUUAUUGAAAACGUGAAGUAAAGUUGAAGAAAUAAAGGAAAUCGGUUCCUUUUGUGAGUUCACCAACAGAAACACGAGUUCAUUGUAUACUCUUACCAAUCUUUCAUACACACAAAUUCUUAAACACGUGUUUAUGUCACGUGAAAAUACUAUAAUAAAACCAAGAAUCAAAUAAAAUAUGUAUGUCAUCAAAUUUAUGUAUACCUACGCUUGAAAAAAUGAACGCUCAAUAAAUGUAAACAAUAGAAUUACAAAACGAAUUUAAAAAUUAAAAAAAAAAUAUCAAUUAACAAAAAAAUAAAUGAAACAGCAAUUAUUGAAAACGUGAAGUAAAGUUGAAGAAAUAAAGGAAAUCGGUUCCUUUUGUGAGUUCACCAACAUAAACACGAGUUCAUUUUAUACUCUUACCAAUCUUUCAUACACACAAAUUCUUAAACACGUGUUUAUGUCACGUGAAAAUACUAUAAUAAAACCAAGAAUCAAAUAAAAUAUGUAUGUCAUCAAAUUUAUGUAUACCUACGCUUGAAAAAAUGAACGCUCAAUAAAUGUAAACAAUAGAAUUACAAAACGAAUUUAAAAAUUUAAAAAAAAAUAUCAAUUAACAAAAAAAUAAAUGAAACAGCAAUUAUUGAAAACGUGAAGUAAAGUUGAAGAAAUAAAGGAAAUCGGUUCCUUUUGUGAGUUCACCAACAGAAACACGAGUUCAUUGUAUACUCUUACCAAUCUUUCAUACACACAAAUUCUUAAACACGUGUUUAUGUCACGUGAAAAUACUAUAAUAAAACCAAGAAUCAAAUAAAAUAUGUAUGUCAUCAAAUUUAUAUAUACCUACGCUUGAAAAAAUGAACGCUCAAUAAAUGUAAACAACAGAAUUACAAAACGAAUUUAACGAUUUAUGAAAAAAAUAUCAAUUUAACAAUAAAAAUAAAUGAAACAGCAAUUAUUGAAAACGUGAAGUAAAGUUGAAGAAAUAAAGGAAAUCGGUUCCUUUUGUGAGUUCACCAACAGAAACACGAGUUCAUUGUAUACUCUUACCAAUACAAAUUCUUAAACACGUGUUUAUGUCUAUAAUAAAACCAAGAAUCAAAUAAAAUAUGUAUGUCAUCAAAUUCAUGUAUACCUACGCUUGAAAAAAUGAACGCUCAAUAAAUGUAAACAACAGAAUUACAAAACGAAUUUAACGAUUUAUGAAAAAAAUAUCAAUUUAACAAUAAAAAUAAAUGAAACAGCAAUUAUUGAAAACGUGAAGUAAAGUUGAAGAAAUAAAGGAAAUCGGUUCCUUUUGUGAGUUCACCAACAGAAACACGAGUUCAUUGUAUACUCUUACCAAUACAAAUUCUUAAACACGUGUUUAUGUCUAUAAUAAAACCAAGAAUCAAAUAAAAUAUGUAUGUCAUCAAAUUUAUAUAUACCUACGCUUGAAAAAAUGAACGCUCAAUAAAUGUAAACAACAGAAUUACAAAACGAAUUUAACGAUUUAUGAAAAAAAUAUCAAUUUAACAAUAAAAAUAAAUGAAACAGCAAUUAUUGAAAACGUGAAGUAAAGUUGAAGAAAUAAAGGAAAUCGGUUCCUUUUGUGAGUUCACCAACAGAAACACGAGUUCAUUGUAUACUCUUACCAAUACAAAUUCUUAAACACGUGUUUAUGUCUAUAAUAAAACCAAGAAUCAAAUAAAAUAUGUAUGUCAUCAAAUUUAUGUAUACCUACGCUUGAAAAAAUGAACGCUCAAUAAAUGUAAACAAUAGAAUUACAAAACGAAUUUAAAAAUUUAAAAAAAAAUAUCAAUUAACAAAAAAAUAAAUGAAACAGCAAUUAUUGAAAACGUGAAGUAAAGUUGAAGAAAUAAAGGAAAUCGGUUCCUUUUGUGAGUUCACCAACAGAAACACGAGUUCAUUGUAUACUCUUACCAAUACAAAUUCUUAAACACGUGUUUAUGUCUAUAAUAAAACCAAGAAUCAAAUAAAAUAUGUAUGUCAUCAAAUUCAUGUAUACCUACGCUUGAAAAAAUGAACGCUCAAUAAAUGUAAACAACAGAAUUACAAAACGAAUUUAACGAUUUAUGAAAAAAAUAUCAAUUUAUCAAUAAAAAUAAAAGAAAGAGCAAUUAUUGAAAACCAGUUUGGGCGCCCAAAGUUACUGGUAGAAUAAAAUAAAAAAAAAUAUUUAAAGCACAUAUUGCAAAUUUAUUGUUCUAAAAAAUGUAUUUCUAUGUAUGUAUGUGUAUACAAACUGCUCUUAGGAAAACACAAAUAAAUAUAUGUGAAGAUAUUGAUAUGAUGGAUGUUUAUAUAAAUGUAUGACAUGGUAUUGAUGGAAAAAAUUAUAAUAAAUAAAAAAUCAAUAAAUGCACCACACAAACAAAAAAAUAACAAAAUAUUAAGAAUUAAGAUUAUUAAAGGAAACACAAAACACUGAUUUUAAAUCAAGAUCUUAAAAAAUAAAAU